AUGCCGGUGGAAAGUCCCGAGAGGGAUAGGCACAUGCAAGUGCCGGUCCCUGAGAAACUAAAUCUGUCGGUGGAAGGUCCUGAGAGGGACAGGCACAUGGAUAAGCAGAUGACAUCUGUCGGUCCUAGCCUUGUUAAAUUCUCUGUGUCACUUGGUUGCAUGGGAUAUGUGGCCUUCGGAAACAAUGCUCCUGGAAAUAUUCUCACCGAAUUCUAUGAACCCUUCUGGCUAGUCGACAUUGCCAACUUUGCUAUUCUUAUUCAUUUAAUUAGAGCUUUUCAAAAGGUGUAUGCACAACCAAUUUUUACAUCCUAUGAGAAUUGGCUAGCUUCAAAAUGGCCUUCAACAAUUUUCUUUAACAAGGUUUACACUAUACGAUUGCCCUUCACUGAAGCCUCCUUUCGAUUCACAAUCUGCAAGCUUGUCCUCAGAACUUUAUUCUACAUCAUUACAACUACAAUUGCUAUGGCAUUACCAUUCUUUAAUGCAAUUCUGGGUUUGUUAGGCUCAAUUGCCUUUUGGCCAUUAACAGUUUAUUUCCUUGUGAACAUGUACAUAUCACAAGCAAAGAGCAAGAAAGGAAGCAACAAAUGGCUCACUUUGCAAAGCUUGAGCUUGAUUGCUUUAAUUGUUUCACUUGUAUCUGCAGUAGGUUUUGUUGCUGAUAUAGUUGAACGACUCGAGCAUGCUAAGUUCUUUAGUGUCACAUUCUAG